CAACAAAGCAAGACAAUCAUAGAAGUAAACAAAACUUUACGAAUAAUAACAUUGCAAAUAAAUCACAGGCAGGAUUACGAUCCUAAUUAUCUUGAAAUUUACCAUGUCGCACUUCACUACGUCUGCUCGCCGACAGGCUGCUGUCUGGAUUAACAAGUCCAUUCAGAAGUCUGAGCAUAGGGAAAGCGAAAUCUUGACGAAAGAAUUCCGCGAUAUCUUUGGCAUCAUCAUUGACUCAGCCAAAGAUAUGCCUAUGAUUCCGACAACCUUCACUGGCCGUGCUGAGACACCUCAAUCGGAUGAUGAACUGUUCUUCUUCUGCCCUGAAGAUCUGUUCUACAAUAGCCGGAGUGUCGCCGCUUCACUCCACAACGACAUGCAAGAUUUGUACUUCCAAGGAUUAGGAGAGCUUUAUUCAUGGCCGUAUGUUUUAAAUAAUCCGUUUCAUUAUACCUUUACAGUCUGCUAACAUUUGACAACAUAGAGACAUGUAUGAAAUACACUUUUUGCGUUGGGGCUUCACAGCUGUUUGGACGACUGGCGAUUUAACAGCGCUUGCUCUCUCAAUCCAUUCGCGCUUUGCGAUGAAUAACGAAAUUCUAACGACCGAGUUUAUUGCAUUGUAUAGGCUUGCUCUUACUGCUUGGAGAACUGAUAAAAGCAGUCAUCAAAGGAUUGAGAGAGAAAUAAUGGAAAAACAAUCACCUCAAUCGUCUGCAUGUCAACCUGUGUCACGAAGAUUACCUGUCAGUCAGAAGUAUAUUUAUGUGAGGUUCAAGCUAACUUUUAAAUACCAGAUCCGACUUAUAUCUAUCCAUAAUCAUAACAUCCGAAUCUUAAGUACGAUCAUUACAGAUGAAUAUUUCUUUUCAUUCAAGAAGGACAGUCCACCCAGCUCCAGCAAAUUGCAUGUCCAUAUCAAGUCGAUUUCGGUAGCCGAAUACAGUUAUGCUAAGAUGAAGGAUCUCGCAAAGGAGCUAUUUAUUCCAAAGAACAAAUAGGAUCAUUGGAAACUAUUCAUAUCUUACCUUGAACAGGUUAAGAUUCCAGUCAGUCAGAUACGGGCGCAAUGGGUUUUGAGUCAUUCGGGUUUGGGCGAGUUUUGUAUGGCUUAUGCAGGUUGCCUUGGGUUCAUGGUGAAUUUAUGGAUAAUUUUUGGAAGAAGAGAUUUCUAGUUCCAUCUUGGGAGUGCCUUCGUUAUUGUAUAACUAGUUUUCGCUAUGAAGAAAGGUGAUGGAUUUUGAAGGGAAAUUGCAAUAGUAAUAAGGACAAAGAGAGAAGUUAAAGGAAACAUAUCAUUCUUAUUGUUCAUCUUCCUGGUCUUAUACAAUGUACAACGACGAAAAGGCUAAGGCCGAUUUCACUACAC